UGAUUUAUUAAUGUAGGACUGGGAUCUGACGAAGAUUAUUAGAUCUUAUUACAUCUACACCUCAGAUCUUAUAAUCUGAUCGGAUCCAAUUUCAGUCUUAGAAAGGGUAAGGUCACGAGGUCCAAACCUAGAUCCGAUCAAGUCAAAUUCAAUAAAAAUUAGAUCUGACCAAGUCCCAGAUCAUUCACAUUCUUCCAAUUUUUGUUCGAAGAGCUACAGAGAGACCAGCGGAGAUUGAACGAGGGAAUCAAAGGGUCGGGCAUAGACAAGCGCGAAUAAGUUGGAGUUGGAGUGGUGGUGAUUCGAAAGGGUGCUCCGGUCCACCCGCUGUGGAUGUGGGCUAUGGGGUCGAGGCUCGAGGGAACAAGUGCUGAUGUUUUGACGAGGGACGGGCGUUGAUGGAAAUUUUGGGAACAGAACGGUCUCUGCUGAUUCACAUCAUUUGGGAGAUUUUGAAGAAGGCAAGGAGCUGCUCUGCCUCUGAGCGAGAGAGAGCGAGAGCGAGAGCGAGAGAGAAAGAGGGAAAAUGGGUGAUCUUUAUGCGCUUGAUUUUGACGGAGUUCUCUGUGACAGCUGCGGAGAGAGCUCCCUGUCCGCCCUCAAGGCUGCUAAAAUAAGAUGGCCUAACCUCUUUGUCGACGUAGAUGUUGAGACUGAAGAAUGGAUCGUUGAUCAAAUGCAUCUGGUUCGACCUGUGGUGGAAACUGGAUAUGAAAAUGUUUUACUUGUUCGAUUGCUGCUGGAAACUCGGAAACCCACAGUUCAAAAGUCAUCAGUUGCUUCUGGACUCACGAUUGAUGCUAUAUUGGAGAGCUGGUUAAGACUGAAACCUAUAAUCAUGGAGGAGUGGAAUGAGGACAGGGAUGCACUUAUAGAACUAUUUGGAAAAGUCAGGGAUGAAUGGAUAGAACAUGAUUUUGCUGGAUGGAUUAAUGCUAACAGAUUUUAUCCAGGAAUUGCAGACGCUCUUAGAUUUUCAAGCUCAAAGCUUUACAUAGUUACUACCAAACAGAGCAGAUUUGCUGAUGCAUUGCUGCGUGAGUUGGCCGGAGUAGAAAUCCCAUCACAAAGGAUAUUUGGAUUGGGAACGGGACCAAAAGUGGAGGUGCUAAAGCAGCUGCAGAAUAAGCCAGAAAAUAUGGGACUGACACUUCACUUUGUGGAAGACCGCCUUGCAACUUUGAAGAAUGUCAUCAAGGAACCUGAUUUGGGCAAGUGGAAUUUAUAUUUGGGAAAGUGGGGAUACAACACAGAGAAAGAAAGGCAGGAAGCUGAAGGCAUUCUCAGAAUUCGUUUGUUGGAACUAUCCGACUUCAGUAAGAAGCUGAAAUAGAUUUUUUUCCACCUUAGUUGGACAUCAACAACAUGUAAACACAUUGUUAAUUUUAUGCCGAGUGCAAAUGCUUGGGAAGCUGAGGACUUUCCAGACAAAAUAAAGAAAAUGGCUGGAAUAAUUUACAGGCUCGGUAUCUCGUACUGGCCCAAAUUUAUUUAUUUAUUUUGGACCA